CACACACACACACACACACACACACACACACACACACACACACACACACACACAUCUGUAAUAACACACACACACGCUCACACAAACAGAGAGCCGGGAGAGAGGAGGACGUCUGUGCGCGUCACGAUGCCCGUGCGACAGAAAGAUGCUCAGCGAGCGCUGGAGCUGCUGCAGCAGUACCGGGUCAAACUAGGGGAGAGGCAGCAGGACCAGAAUCGGACCAAAGAGGGCCCCGGGGAGGAAGACCACCAGCUCCAGCAGUCUCUGGACAGAGUCAUCAGUGUCUUCCAAAGUCAGCUCUUCAGCGCUCUGCUCGAUAUCCAGGAGUACUAUGAGUUGACCAUCCUUGUAGACAGCCAGUGUUCUGUGGAGCAGACGGAUGGUCCAGGCCCGGAUGGUCCAGGCCUCCCUGCCUCCUCUAACCUGACAGCACAACUCCCUGAUCAGCCACAGGUCUCCCCUGCUCCCCUGAGCCCCCCGGCUUCUAGUGGACCAACCCAGCCAUCACCCUUAACCCCCAAACCUAGGUCAAUCAAGCAUCAACCUGCCCCUCCAGUCCCUGGAACACCGAGACAUUCCCCAACAUCCCCCGGUACACCUCAGUCACAGCCAUCCACAAUCAAAUACCGUGCUCCUCUUCCUCCUCUCCAGUCUGGAGCGUCUAUAUCCUCGGCAGCAGAGACUUCUAAACCCUCUUCUCCCUCUGCUGCUGGAGUGAACGGAGUAGAAACCCCCACUGGCUCCAUAAAAACACCUCCUGCAGUAUCACUGAAUGGAACAAAGCGACUUCUCACUCCCACUAACUCUGGUGCCUCUUCAGAAAACUCCACCAUCUCUGCAAAUCCGCAAAACCUUCCUGCCUCUCCUGACCUCAAGCUGGUGACGGUCUCAGCCCUCAUCUCCAGCACCAUCCAGGGCCUUGUGUCUCCAACCACUCCGGACAAACUCACCCCCACUGGCACCACUCCCAGCACCAGCCCAGGUCUGAACAGAGUCACAGACACUGCAGUCGUCUCUACAGCUCUCACGACCAGCAAGGACCCGGGAUUCGGCAAAGUCACUCCCACCACGAGUCCAACCAGCCCCAACCGGGGGAAAUUUACCUUCAGCAACGUCAGCCCCACAGCUCCUCCCGGGCCUUUGACUAAAGGACCUCAUCUGAGCCCCGGGUCGGUAAAAAUCACCCCCCCAAGCCCCAGUCAUGGUCCAGCCGGCCCCAGGCCAAGCCCACUGACAAGCCCUCUGACCCCCAUCAAGGCCAACCCCCCUCCGGUGGUGGUCAACGCAGACAGCGUCGACACGCCCCCAUACGUCAAUGGAACAGAAGCAGACUAUGAGUACGAGGAAAUCACGCUGGAGCGGGGUAACUCAGGCCUCGGGUUCAGUAUCGCAGGAGGGACCGAUAACCCCCACAUCGGAGAAGACCCCUCCAUCUUCAUCACCAAGAUUAUACCUGGAGGGGCCGCAGCUCAGAAUGGACGACUCAGGGUGAACGACUGCAUAGUGCGAGUGAACGAGGCCGACGUCAGGGAGGUGACCCACAGCGGGGCUGUGGAGGCGCUGAAGGAUGCAGGAGGUCUCGUCCGACUGUGCAUCCGACGCAGGAGGAGCCUCACUGAGAGAAUCCUGGAUAUCAAGCUGGUCAAAGGGCCGAAAGGUUUAGGAUUCAGCAUAGCAGGUGGAGUUGGAAACCAACAUGUGCCGGGCGACAACAGCAUCUACGUGACGAAGGUCAUCGAGGGAGGAGCUGCACACAAAGACGGACGGCUACAGAUCGGGGACAAACUUGUAGCUGUGAACAGCUCCUGUUUGGAGGAGGUAUCUCACGAGGAGGCGGUGGCUGCCCUCAAGUCGACUCCUGACGUCGUGUACCUCCGUGUGGCCAAACACACCUCGCUUUUUAUCAACGACAACUUCCCUCCGCCUGACGUCACCAACUCGUACUCCCCACAUCAAGACAACCACAUAAGCCCUUACAUGAGCGGCAGUCAGUCUGUGAGCCCGGCUCCGUUAACCACUCCCAGAUACUCGCCGCUGCCCAGGACCAUGACCGGAGACGACGAGAUCCCCAGAGAACCCAGACGGGUGGUGCUGCAGCGAGGGACCACGGGUCUCGGCUUCAACAUCGUGGGCGGAGAGGACGGCGAGGGAAUCUUCAUCUCCUUCAUUCUGGCCGGAGGUCCGGCCGAUCUGUGUGGGGAGCUGCGGAAGGGAGACCGCAUCCUGUCGGUGAACGGCGUGGACCUGUCCAGUGCGACACACGAGCAGGCGGCUGCGGCGCUGAAGAACGCGGGACAGACCGUUACCAUAGUAGCGCAGUACAGACCAGAGGAGUACAGUCGUUUCGAGGCGAAGAUCCAUGACCUGAGGGAACAGAUGAUGACCAGCAGCGUCAGCUCCAGCUCCACGUCGCUCCGCUCCACACAGAAACGCACACUUUACGUCAGAGCGUUGUUCGACUACGACGGAAGUGCGUCCGAUCUGAGCGCGCCCAAUCAGGCCCUGCCGUUUCAUUUCGGGGACAUCCUCCAUGUGAGCGGCGCCGGCGAAGAGGAGUGGUGGCCCGCCCGUCACCUCAGCCCCCCGCCCCCGAACUGCCCCGAAGUCGGGGUCAUCCCCAGCCGCAGGAGGGCAGAGAAGAAGGAGAGGUCGAGGUUAAAGACGGUCAGAGUGUCCAGGUCUCAGGACAGAUCGGAUCAGGAUGAUAAAGAGCUGGUAACCUCUGGCACCAGCGAUAGUGAGAGUAGUUCCUCCGGUCAGGAGGAGGUUUUACUCACCUACCAACCUGUCAUGCAGCAGGAAGUUAAUUACACGCGGCCGGUCAUCGUGCUCGGACCAAUGAAAGAUCGGGUCAACGAUGACCUCAUCUCUGAGUUCCCUGACAAGUUUGGCUCGUGCGUCCCACACACGACGCGGCCGCGGCGAGACUACGAGGUGGACGGCAGGGAUUACCACUUCAUGGCCUCCAGAGAGCUCAUGGAGCAAGAGAUCCAGGAGCAUAAAUUCAUCGAGGCCGGACAGUACAACAACCAUCUGUAUGGAACCAGCAUACAGUCUGUCCGAGAGGUCGCCGACAAGGGUAAACAUUGUAUACUGGACGUAUCAGGGAAUGCAAUAAAGCGUCUCCAGAUGGCAGGCCUCCAUCCCGUCGCUAUUUUCAUUAGCCCACGCAACGUCGACAACAUCCUAGAGAUGAACAAGCGCUUCACCGAGGAGCAGGCGAGGAAGACGUUCGACCGAGCGGUCAAACUGGAGCAGGAGUUCACAGAGUACUUUUCUGGAAUCGUCCAGGGCUCGUCUCUAGAGGAGGUUUACUCGCAGGUGAAGCAGAUCGUGGAGGAGCAGUCCGGUCCGUACAUCUGGAUACCAACCAAGGAGCGACUUUGAAUAAACACAUCACACACACAUCACUCUUUCAAUACUUCCUACUUCUCUAAUUUUCUAUUAUCAGCCUGCUUCCUCUCUCUCUUUCUUUCUCCGGUGCACUCAUCACGACGAACACACACACACACACACACACACACACAUUCACACGAGCACAUGAACUGGGACGAGGGCUGGGACUAUCUGGGACUGCCAGUUCCUGAAGAGGGAGGAGCUCAAGUCUGUCCAGCAGCCUAUUGGUGGAUCUUCCUACAGCUCGGUUCCUUAAUGUUUAAGGAGGUGGUUUCCAAUCAAGGCGACAUGUACCAUUAUCUGAUUUGAUUUCAUUAUUGUUGUUCUUAUUGUUGUUGUCGUUGUUGUUUUCAUAUUAAUGAAGGGUAAUGCAUCAAUGUAUGGGUUUGUAAUGAUAAUAUUGUCACCAAGAGGCAGACUUUUGCACGCUGUAGCUUUAAGAGCAUGUUUUUGGGAGAAAACUUGAUCUCCUCUUCCUGUCGGACCGUCUUUCCUCAUGGCAUCACUCCUGUUUAGAGUUUCUCUCUCUCCCUCGUCUUUUUCUUUCUAUCUCUCAUAACCCAUCCCUCGUUCCAUCCUCUCCUCUGUCAGACUUUAAAUAUGAGGUGAAAACUUUAUAAUGUGCCCCCAACCUUUUGGAAUCAAGGGCCAAAAGGAAACUUUACGUACAUUUACGGUUAAGAGAUGUAGAAACUAAAUAUAUAUGAAUAUGAAGUUAUUUAAGAUUUCUAAGAUCAGAAUUUAAAUAGAUAGAAUAGAUGUUAUUGUUUUUGAAGGCCCGAAAAGAAACACAUCAGCCUCAUAAUGGUGGAAGAGCCCCUGUGGAGCCCUGAGCCGUUAUUUAUCAACUCUCUGAGAAUAUAGUAAGAGUAUAUAUUUAAGAAUAAAAACUUAAAUCGCUGUAAGUAAAGAUUAGGACACAUUUAUCAAUGUAUCCUGAAAGACUGAUAAUUGGUACAGGAAGCUGAAUGACCGAAAACAUCUGAGCCCACAGCCGAGGAGAGAAGGAACAGGCGGAGCGGUGAGAAAAGAAAAGUCAGUGGGACAUCUAAAGGAUUUUAAAGCUGCUAUUUAAAGGUGAAAUAGUUGCAUAAAGUUGCAUAAAGAGCAGCUUUCAAGUGAUCACAUGAUUCAUUUACUCUGAGCAGAAACGGCCAAUUAGAGACAUGUAUUUAAACUACAUUUGCCGGAAAUCCGAUACUUGUAUUUCACUAUUUCAUAUUUUACUCUGCAAAAACGUAAUUUAAAUGAUUAAUUUAAAUAUAUAAAUGAGGGAAAUCUCCUGUGAUGAUCAAAAGAAACCCAAACUGAUCAGGUAGUGAAAGCUGCUGCUGGUCGAUACUCUACAUCUCUACAUAAUAAAAAAGAUAAUAAAUAGAAUAUAGUGUCACACUGACAAGUGGAAAUCAAUCGUUUUUAGUUGUGUUCUUGUCGUACCCCUGAGCCUGUUGAAGGAGAUAAUAAGUAGAAGAAAAAGUUAUGUAAAAUCUUAUUAAAUGUUCAAAUCAAAUCCAAAUAACAUGUAAUCAUGUUGCUUGAGCUCGAUAUUGUUCAUCGUGACAAAAAUAGUAUUUUGUACAAUCCCACUAAAACUAUUGUAUGUAAGAGUAUAAGAUACUUUAUGUCAGAGGAAAUUAAAAUAUAUUUUAGUCUAGUGAAUGAUUUUUGGAUUCAUCUUUCACUUAAAUUCAAAAUUUAACUUUUAGCUCCUUGAUAAAUACGGGCACAGAUCCUCUGAUAAAGAAACUUGAGUAAAUCCCACAAUGUUUCACUGCCUUUCUUUCCCUCCUCAUCCUCCUCUUCUCUUCUUCGCGCCUUCAUUUUCCUCCUCUUGUCCUCUUGUCUCCUUUCCUCUCCACACUCACGUGACAUUAGUUGAGCAUUGAACAGUAUCAUCAUCUUCUUCAACACUAUCAUCACGAUCAUAAUCAUCAGCAUCAUCGGUAUAGCUUUCCUUCUUACUGUAGUUGCACUAAUGAGGGCUGGUUUCAUAAAAGUAUCUUAGGGUCACAGGUCUGAUACCGUCCCAGUGUUUCUCUGGUAUUUAUAGAUGUGUGACGCAUUCACUUGUCCUUCAGCUGAUUCUCUGCUUUAUAAAACUGGUUUGAAAGCCCUGAAGAGAGGACACAUUUAGCAUUUAGCAACUGAAGAGCUAAAUCUUCCCCUCAGGAGUCGGUGGUGACCAAAAACGGAGCUAAAAGAGAGUGAAGUCAAAACCGCAGCUUAAUGGAAAAGAACGACUAUAAUCUGCGUUGUCAAGUGUAACAUUCAAGAUGCUUUUGGUGACACAGCCCCCCGUAUGGACCUUGUCAGCCCAACCACGACCCAUCUCCACCCUCAACCCCCCACGGCAACUCCUCCACGCUGACUGGAGACCAGAGACACACAGAGAGGCCUGUUCUGUCAGCAGAGUAGCUCCCAGACCCGCAUACUGGAUAGUUUUGACCACGUGUGUUUCAAAAGCUUUAAUAUCUCCUCACAGAAUGUUCAGCUAAACUCCAAUCCCCCUCCUCGUGUGUUCCUCUGUGCGAAUCGAGUAGACCGGUGGUGUUUGUCAGUUGACAGAAACAAACUCUCUGUAUGACUCCGGCUGUGUGUUUCUAGCCAGGGGACCAUGCCACUGUCUGUUAGAGUAAAGCACUGAUGCAAAGAAUCUAUUACAGAGAUGGAUCUAUAUCUAACAUAUUAUAAUAUUUAUCCCUGCUCUAACUGCCUAUUUUGGUACAAAAAUGAAUAAAUAAAAGUCUUUAUUGACA